UUCUCAACUUGUACUUGAUCCAACUCACUUUGUUCAAAAUGAGAGAAAUCCUUCACGUUCAAGCUGGUCAAUGUGGGAACCAAAUUGGAGGCAAGUUUUGGGAGGUGAUGUGUGAUGAACAUGGGAUUGAUGCCACUGGAAACUAUGUAGGGAACUCCAAUCUUCAACUUGAGAGGGUUAAUGUUUACUACAAUGAAGCAAGUGGUGGAAGGUAUGUUCCUAGAGCUGUGCUUAUGGACCUUGAACCAGGGACCAUGGACAGCUUGCGUUCUGGUCCUUUUGGCAAAAUUUUCAGGCCUGAUAACUUUGUCUUUGGCCAAAAUGGAGCUGGAAACAACUGGGCUAAAGGCCAUUACACUGAAGGAGCAGAGCUUAUUGAUUCUGUUCUUGAUGUUGUUCGUAAAGAAGCUGAAAACUGUGAUUGCUUGCAGGGGUUCCAAAUUUGUCAUUCACUGGGAGGUGGAACUGGGUCUGGAAUGGGUACUUUGCUUAUCUCAAAGAUCAGAGAAGAGUAUCCAGAUAGGAUGAUGUUGACUUUCUCAGUGUUCCCAUCCCCUAAGGUCUCUGACACAGUGGUUGAACCCUACAAUGCCACCCUCUCUGUUCAUCAACUUGUUGAGAAUGCGGAUGAAUGCAUGGUCCUUGAUAAUGAGGCACUCUAUGAUAUCUGCUUCCGAACACUCAAGCUCACAAAUCCAAGUUUUGGUGAUCUGAAUCACUUGAUCUCAACAACAAUGAGUGGAGUAACAUGUUGCCUAAGGUUCCCAGGCCAACUCAACUCAGAUCUCAGAAAACUAGCAGUGAACCUCAUUCCUUUCCCACGCUUACACUUCUUCAUGGUUGGUUUUGCACCCUUAACAUCAAGGGGUUCUCAACAGUACCGUUCUCUCACCAUUCCCGAACUCACACAACAAAUGUGGGACGCUAGAAACAUGAUGUGUGCUGCAGAUCCUAGACAUGGGAGGUAUCUAACAGCCUCAGCAAUGUUUCGUGGGAAAAUGAGCACAAAAGAAGUGGAUCAACAAAUGAUAAACGUGCAAAACAAGAACUCAUCUUAUUUUGUAGAGUGGAUACCAAACAAUGUGAAGUCAAGUGUUUGCGACAUUCCACCAAUUGGGUUGUCCAUGUCAUCAACUUUCAUGGGAAAUUCUACGUCCAUUCAAGAGAUGUUUAGGCGUGUUUCGGAGCAGUUCACUGUUAUGUUCAAGAGAAAGGCUUUCUUGCACUGGUACACUGCUGAGGGCAUGGAUGAGAUGGAGUUCACUGAGGCUGAGAGUAAUAUGAAUGAUUUGGUGGCUGAGUAUCAACAGUAUCAAGAUGCAGUGGCAGUGGAAGAGGAAGAAGGAGAGGUUGAUGAAGAAGAGGAAGGUCUAGUUGCAUGAGAAUUGAUGAAUGGGGUGAAGGAUUUUCUUAAGGGUGAUGUAAUGAAAAGCUCAAAUCAAAACUUUGUUUAUGUUAUGGUGGCAUGGGGAAGGGAAGGGUGUGUUAAAUGUAUAUUUAUAUAUAUGGGUUGGCUUGCUUGCUAGUGCAUUUGAUUUGAGGGAUCUCAUCAUGGGACUAUGGGGUUAAUAUUUUUAUUUUGCUUUUCUCUUUCUUGUUGGAUUU